UUUACUUUUAGUUGUUCAAAAUGACUCGCAAAGAAUCUAGAAAAAUUGUCUCGUCUCACGUUAAAAUUUCAUCGUAGGAUUCUGCCGACAAUGAUUUGGCAGAGAAGAACGUUCAAGAAAAUUCAGGUCUUGUGAAUAGAACCGCUUAAACCCCCCGCCCCGCCGCCGCCCCCGCCGCCCACCCUCACCGCCGGCGACGAGCACAGCCGAGGAUGGCGGACUCCGACCCCGCCGCCGCCGCCGCCGCUCCGACCUCCAUAUUCUCCCAGAGCCACCACCGCUCCCGCCUCCCCGACGACACCGUCUUCUACUCCGUCUUCCCCGACUCCGCCGCCGCCUCCUCCUCCCCGCCGCCGUCCCCCGCCGACCUCCAAUCCCUCCACCUCCGGAUCCUCUCCUCCGUCCCCUUCACCUCCUCCUACCUGUGGCAGCACCAGCCCUUCUCCCUCUCCCUCUCCUCCCCGCCGCCGUCGCCGCCCUGCCCCUGCUCCCCCCCGCCGCCGCCCGCUCCCCUCCACCUCCACGGCCGGCUCCGCUACGGCGACAACCUCGAGGACGAGUGGUUCGUCGUCUUCCUCCUCUUCCACAUCUCCCGCGAGUUCCCCGACCUCUCCGUCCGCGUCUGGGACACCGACGGCGAGUUCCUCCUCAUCGAGGCCGCCUUCCACCUCCCCCGCUGGCUCAACCCGGAGACCAGCCUCAACCGCGUCUUCGUCCGGCGCGGCGACCUCCACAUCGUCCCCCGCGACAAGGUCGCGUCCCCGUCGAUCGUCGAUUCGCUGAGGUUCUUGGUCGCCAACGGGGAUGAGUCGCGCGCCGGGGACGCGGUGCAGAACGCGGUGAAGGCUCGGAUCGCCGGCUACCCCGAACAGGCGAGGAGGAAUAUGCACAGGGUUAGGGUUAGGGUUCCGGCGUCGGUCGCGCAGGUGCUGAGGCACGAGCCCUGCCUGAUUUCGCUCGCCGUGGAAGGGUUCUACGACAGGGAUAUCGAUUCGAUGAAGUACGCGGCGAGGAUGGAGAGGUUCUUGAGUAAGGGGAAGGAGGAGGAGCUCGUGACCGUGGUGGUCACCUUGUCGAGGGCAAUGUAUGCACAGCUGGUGCAGCAGACGUUUCAGGCUCCGAAAUGUUAUCCGAUGCCGAGCAGGAGCAAUCCCAGGGCGUAUACGGAAGCUGAAUUGGGGAUGAAGAUUGCUUGCGGUUUCGAGAUGAUGUAUCAGAUGCGGCGAAGAGAGGGUUUGGAAGGGAAAGGAAGCACGUGGGAGGCGUAUAGAGAAAGCUUGGAGAGGAGCGGAUACUUCGAAGGGUUGCUUCCGGGUUCGAAGGAAUAUAGGAGGUUGAUGGAGAAGGCAGAGGAGUAUUACAAGAAUAGUUCCUUGUUCUCAAAGGCUAGUGAAAUGCUGAGCUCUCCAGUCAGGCGCAUAGAUGAGAUUCUUGCAUUACCUCACUCAGCCGAUGAUUUUAGGAAUCAGGAGGUUCCUCCCUCUGAUGAUGACUCUUGGCUAUACACCGGUGAGGAUGAAUUGAACUCUGCACUUCUGGAAAGACAGAAGGAGAUGGAACUUUAUGAUGCUAUGCAUGGGAAAAAGCAGAAAUCAAAAGAGCCAUCAGACACUGGUCCUUCGAACCGCAGCAAUGAUGAUUGUGAUCUCAGUAAUAUAGCAAAGACCAUGGAGGCAUUCGUCCAAAAGGUGUCAAGCUACGAGGGAGCGGAAGUUCCUGAUCAAAGGGAUACAGUAGACCUCGAUGUGGAUCGUUUUUUUAAGGACAUGGAAUCUGUACUUGGGCGUCAUGAAACGGAGGUUACUUCUCCAGAUGGAGAUGCUGGGGAAGGGUCCUCCUCAGACAUGGAUUUUGAUGAAUCUGAAGAUGCAACUGAUGAUGAAGAUAAGGAGGAUAUUUUCAUGGAUUCUUAUUCGGAUGCUCUAAGUCAGGAAUUAAAGAGCAGCACACUCACUAAAAGUUUUGUUCGUGCCAAUGAAGAACCAUCAAAAACAAAUCAGAGAGCAUCAAGUUCCACCCAAGACACGGACGAGGAUUUCACUCCAGUCGACGUGGAUGUGAACCUGAUGAAGAGCUUGCUCGAUUCGUUCUCUUCCCAAGAGGGGCUUCCCGGACCGGCUUCGAAUUUGCUCGGUCUCAUGGGGCUCCGUCUCCCACAAGAUGGCAACAAGGGGAAGUAGUCUUAUAGCCUCUUUCGUUUCAUCAGCAUUCAGCAAGAUGCAGAGUUACUCCUGUACAAAAAAGUCAAGUCUUUUCUAGUGCCUCCAUGCAUUAGAAGCUGCGCGCAACAAUCUUAGAAGGGGGUCCGUGUUUUUCAGUUACCAUGCCCGACGAUGUUGCUUCUGGCAUUCGUCACAAAAGCUUAGUAACACUAUUUUCAUACUUUUAGAUAAAUUAUGAAAAUGAUUUUAACUUGUUUA